AUGUCGAAGACGCUGAAGAAGAAGAAGCACUGGCUGAGCAAGGUGCAGGAGUGCGCCGUGUCCUGGGCCGGGCCCCCGGGCGACUUGGGCGCCGAGCUCCGGGGCGGCGCGGAGCGCGGCGAGUUCCCCUACCUGGGGCGGCUCCGCGAGGAGCCGGGCGGGGGCACCUGCUGCGUGGUCUCGGGCAAGGCGCCCAGCCCGGGGGAUGUGCUGCUGGAGGUGAACGGGACGCCCGUCAGCGGGCUCACCCACCGGGAUACGCUGGCUGUCAUCCGCCACUUCCGCGAGCCCAUCCGUCUCAAGACUGUGAAGCCAGGCAAAGUCAUUAAUAAAGAUUUACGACAUUACCUGAGUCUUCAGUUUCAGAAAGGAUCAAUUGACCACAAGCUGCAGCAAGUGAUCAGAGAUAAUCUCUACCUGAGAACCAUUCCAUGCACUACAAGGGCCCCCAGGGAUGGGGAAGUACCAGGGGUGGACUAUAAUUUCAUUUCUGUUGAGCAGUUCAAGGCACUGGAAGAGAGUGGAGCACUGUUAGAAAGUGGAACGUAUGAUGGAAACUUCUAUGGAACUCCCAAGCCUCCAGCAGAACCCAGCCCUUUCCAGCCGGACCCAGUUGAUCAGGUCCUCUUUGAUAAUGAGUUUGACACAGAAUCCCAAAGGAAACGAACCACAUCUGUCAGCAAGAUGGAAAGAAUGGACAGCUCUCUUCCUGAAGAGGAAGAAGAGGAAGACAAGGAUGCUAUUAAUGGCAGUGGAAACACAGCAGAAAACAGAGAGAGGCAUUCUGAAACAUCUGACUGGAUGAAGACCGUCCCAAGUUACAACCAAACAAACAGCUCCAUGGACUUUAGAACUUACAUGCUGAGAGACGAGAAUCUAGAACCACUGCCCCCAAACUGGGAGAUGGCCUACACAGACACGGGGAUGAUCUACUUCAUCGACCACAAUACCAAGACAACCACCUGGCUGGACCCCCGUCUUUGUAAGAAAGCCAAAGCCCCUGAAGACUGUGAAGAUGGAGAACUUCCUUAUGGCUGGGAGAAGAUAGAGGACCCUCAGUAUGGGACCUACUAUGUGGAUCACCUUAACCAGAAGACCCAGUUUGAAAAUCCAGUGGAGGAAGCCAAAAGGAAAAAACAGUUAGGACAACCUGACAUUGGCUCUUCAAAACCAGAUAUGGAGAAAUCACACUUUACUCGAGAUCCAUCCCAGCUUAAAGGUGUCCUUGUUCGUGCAUCACUGAAAAAAAGCACAAUGGGAUUUGGUUUUACCAUUAUUGGUGGAGAUAGACCUGAUGAGUUCCUUCAAGUAAAAAAUGUGCUGAAAGAUGGCCCUGCAGCUCAGGAUGGGAAAAUUGCACCAGGUGAUGUUAUUGUAGACAUCAAUGGCAGCUGUGUCCUUGGUCACACUCAUGCAGAUGUUGUCCAGAUGUUUCAGUUGGUACCUGUCAAUCAGUAUGUCAACCUCACUUUAUGUCGUGGUUAUCCACUCCCUGAUGACAAUGAAGAUCCCGUUGUGGAUAUUGUUGCUGCUACCCCUAUCAUCAAUGGACAGUCAUUAACUAAGGGAGAGGCUUGCAUGAAUACUCAGGAUUUUAAGCCAGGAGCAAUGGUUCUGGACCAGAAUGGAAAAUUGGGACACACCCUGAACAGUGAUCGUCUCAAUGGACCGUCAGAUCUGAGUGAGCAGAGAGCAUCCAUGGCCUCCUCAGGCAGCUCCCAGCCUGAACUAGUGACUAUCCCUCUGAUUAAGGGCCCCAAAGGCUUUGGUUUUGCAAUUGCUGACAGCCCAACCGGACAGAAGGUGAAAAUGAUAUUGGACAGCCAAUGGUGUCAAGGCCUUCAGAAAGGGGAUAUCAUUAAAGAGAUCUACCAUCAAAAUGUGCAGAAUUUAACGCAUCUCCAAGUGGUGGAAGUGCUAAAGCAGUUCCCGAUAGGUGCGGAUGUACCUCUGCUCAUCUUAAGAGGAGGUCCUCCUUCACCAACUAAAGCUACCAAAAUGAAAACUGAUAAAAAGGAACAUUCAGGAAGCCUGGAGGCCAUCAAUGAGCCUGUCCCACAGCCUCUACCUUUCCCACCCAGCAUUAUCAGGGCAGGAUCCCCGAAGCUGGAUCCUUCUGAAGUCUACCUAAAAUCUAAGACUCUGUAUGAAGAUAAACCACCACACACCAAAGAUUUGGAUGUUUUUCUUCGGAAACAGGAAUCGGGGUUUGGCUUCAGAGUCCUAGGCGGGGAUGGACCUGACCAAUCCAUAUAUAUUGGAGCCAUCAUUCCUCUGGGUGCCGCCGAGAAGGACGGCCGGCUCCGUGCUGCUGAUGAACUGAUGUGCAUUGAUGGAAUUCCGGUUAAAGGGAAAUCGCACAAGCAAGUCCUGGACCUAAUGACAGCCGCUGCUCGAAACGGCCAUGUGUUACUCACUGUCAGAAGAAAGAUCUUCUAUGGUGAGAAACAAUCCGAGGAUGACAACUCUCAAGCCUUCAUUUCAACACAGAAUGGAUCUCCCCGCCUGAACCGAGCAGAGGGCCCAGCCAGGCCCCAGGAGGCCUAUGACGUCGUUUUGCAAAGAAAAGAGAAUGAGGGAUUUGGCUUUGUCAUCCUCACCUCCAAAAACAAGCCACCUCCAGGAGUUAUUCCUCACAAAAUUGGCCGCGUCAUUGAAGGAAGUCCUGCUGACCGCUGUGGGAAACUGAAGGUUGGCGACCACAUCUCUGCAGUGAAUGGCCAGUCCAUUAUUGAGCUGUCCCAUGAUAACAUUGUCCAGCUGAUCAAAGAUGCCGGUGUCGCAGUCACACUGACCGUCAUUGCUGAAGAAGAGCAUCAUGGUCCACCAUCAGGAACAAACUCGGCCAGGCAAAGCCCCGCCCUGCAGCACAGGCCUAUGGGGCAGUCACACACCAACCACACACCUGGGGACAGAAGUGCUCUCGAAAGUGAAAUUGGAAAAGAUGUCUCCACAUAUAGACACUCGUGGUCCGAUCACAAGCAUCUCGCACAGCCUGACAGCGCAGUGAUUUCCAUCAUUGGCAGUCGGCACAACCAGAGCCUUGGCUGUUACCCAGUGGAGCUGGAGAGGGGGCCCAGGGGCUUUGGAUUCAGCCUCAGAGGAGGGAAGGAGUACAACAUGGGACUGUUCAUCCUGCGUCUCGCUGAGGAUGGUCCAGCCAUUAAGGAUGGCAGAAUUCAUGUUGGUGACCAGAUUGUUGAAAUCAAUGGGGAACCUACACAAGGCAUCACACAUACCCGAGCCAUUGAGCUCAUUCAGGCCGGCGGAAAUAAAGUUCUUCUCCUUCUGAGGCCAGGAACGGGCUUGAUACCUGACCAUGGUGAUUGGGAUAUUCAUAAUCCCUCGUCCUCAACUGUGAUUUAUGAUGAGCAAUCACCACUUUCCCCAUCUUCACAUUCUGCGUCCAUAUUUGAAGAGUCUCACGCGCCAGUCAUUGAAGAGCCUUUCACGAGAGUUCAGAUUGGCGAGAAGGCAGAAGCCCCGAAGGCCGGUGGGCCCGCAAAGCAAAGCACUUUACAUGAAAAGCAGCAGAAAACCAUCAUGCAGAAGGAGCCGCCCAGCAGUCAGGGGUGUGGGGUGGAGAAGACCCUGGGAAGCAUGGACAAUGGUGUCAUGCACAGAGGGAGGUCAGCUAGCCCCAAAAAGCCAGCCAGUCGCUCUUCUGAGGGACAUCUGGAGAUCCCAGGGCCACUGAAAAGUGACCCCAAAAGCAGGCCCCGCGACCGCUCGGUGAGCCCCCGGAAGGGGGAGACGAGGGGCUGUCAGGUGAACAGGAGAGCGGGGCCUGGACAAGACCACCGUGGCCGCAGGAGCCAAGAGCGGUCUUCCAGCCCGAGGAAGCAGAGAAAGGGGGACGGCGGCAAGUCCCCAGCAAAGGCUGCCGCCACUGUCCCCAAGGGUGAAAAUCGGCGGGCAGGGGUCCGAGCUAGUGACAACGCUGAGCAGGUGCAGGACAGCAAAGAAAAACCGGGAGGCCUCAGGAAAGACACGAAGCAGAGUCAGGCUGGAAGGCACAGGGCAGGGACCCCAGAAAGGAAGAACACGCGAGCGGAGGAGAAGUCGCUCCCACCCAGAAAGACACCCGGCCCUGUGAGUGGAGAAGCCCAAGCCCCUGGGAAGGAAAAGGUGGGGGAAGCAACCUCGGAGGAAUUAAGUUCGCCCCAGGAGAAGGGCAGAGGCAAUGCCAGCACAGCAGACAGGAAGCUGAAGCAGGACCCCGAAGAGAGAGGGAUUGUCAGCAAGGUGGACGCUCCCCGGGGGGCGGAGCUGGAGGCAGCUGACAAGAGCAGUUCUCCGGGGAAGAAAGCGCCCAUAGUGCCAGGGCCCUGGAAGGUGCCAGGGGCAAACAAAGUCACAGGCACCGAUGUGGCUGAGAAACGGCUCUGACCUUGGGGCAAAACCAAGAAAAACAGGUUUAAUCUUUUCUUACCAAAAAGGACCUUUUUUUUUUUAAAUGUGUUUUGGUUUGGUUUUCCCCUGAAAUUCUUACACACACACCUGUGUGCAUUUUAAUUUGAGCAUCAAGUUACCUGGACUGCAUGAAGGGCCAUUAGGAUUGCUCAGAACCCUCUGUCCCCUGGCCAGCCACCACACACACUCAGGAAGGAGCAGCCGUCACCCUGUUGAGCCGCCCUCCCGCCUGCCCACCCACCCACCUGCUGAGUGUCUGCGCCCCCCAUCACUCCUGUUCCUGUGCUAAGUUCUCUACCCAGCCCUGCUCUCUCAGCUCUUUCCACGGUCAUGAAAAAGCCCAGUUUGGCUUGGAAGUUGAUAGUCUCAAUAGCAUGUUGCAUGUUUACAGAAAUAUUUGAGUCCUUGCAGAAGAAAAGAUUGUUAGCUCACCAUUUAAAGAUGGCAGUUGCUUCCUCUAACAGCUACUGACGAUGUCCCCCGUUUCUCAGUAAAACCCCCAGACAUCACCACUUUGGAAAGAAAGCCAUCUAGUCAAGCACUGAUGUUUUCUUAGGGCGGUUUCUUUUCACUUGGCUGGCCGGCGAAGUGCUGUAAGGAUCUGUUGGAGACUUGCUUACAGGGAAGGUGUACCCCAAGGAAGCGCUUGAAGCAGUAAGGGUUCGCUCGUGCUGUGUUGGCCACCUUGCCCUCUUCCCAUUCUGUAUUUCCUGAGGAAACCGCGAGAAAGGCCUGAGAACUACUGCUUACUGUCCUUAGAACAAAGAACGACCAAAUUGCUAUUUCUGGGUGUUUGGGCCACACCUACUACUAAAGGCAUUAGUCUUUAAUUCACAGUAUUUGUUUCGAGAGUCUUACUAGUACAUAGAUCAUGCAAGGGACCGGAUCAUGACACCCGUCUCAGAGCCCACGACCAGAUCCAGGGUCAGCACUCCGGUGGCAGCUGCUCAUGCCCGGCUGUCCAAAUGCAGAACCCCAGGACAGGACUUGCUGGGUCUUCAUUCAUUUUGAUCGCUAGCUACACCACUUCCUUGUCUCAAAUUUAGAAGAGGAAACUAAAACCUCGGCUUAGUUUGUACCAAUUUUCAGCGUUUUUUGUUCAAGUCUCAUUAAAAUAUUUGUGGGAAGGUGGAAACUGGUGGUUUUUUUUUAGGUCCAUCAAGGAGAUCCGAGUUUUUCAGCCCCUGAAACAACAAUUGGUCAGUGGCAUCUACAAAGGAAAGAACGUUCUCGGAGUAAAACUGCCCUCCGCGUUCGUCCCCUGGGCCUACCUGGAUGCUGGCUCCAUCCCUGUAGAUAGGCAAGCUUCCCCGAGGAGAUUGCUGAAAUCCCUUGUUCAUUCAGAACUAUAAUCAUCCACCUGUUGUAACUACUUGAAUAGGGGGGAAAAAUUAGGCUUGAUAAAUGCUAUGAAUUUAGUACCAAGAAAUGAUUUAUUUUCCCAGUAGUCCACAAUUAGUGAUACAAAUCCUAUUUUUAUUGUUACCUGUGACAUAACAUUAAUGUCAUAUGUUGUUGGUCUGAUGUGGCUCUUCCUUCAGUAACUUGUCAUUGUACUAAUUAUAUACUGACUUAGCAAUGUGGCCUUGGAAUGCUGAGCAAAAUAUGGAUGUACUGGUUGUAAAUGUUUAUAUAUUGUACAGUACCUUUAUAUAUACACUUGAGGUUCUGAUUAGAGAAAGAGAUCUGUAAAUCGCUCGUUAUUUUUUAUAUAGAUAUUAAAACAAAACAAAACAAA